AUCCGCACGGAGACUGCAAAUAACGACACCAUACACUUUAACCUUAAAUUUCACGUUGUAGAAAAGGGAAGGCAUGGUGCAUAAAUUUCUAAAGAUUGCAAGGUUUUGAAGGACAUUAAAAAUGCCUGAGGUGCCUUCCUUGAAAAAUUUGUACAGUGGCUUUGGGAAGAUUCCAGAAAAGCAAAACAAGUUUUUACAGACCCUCGGACAACCUCACAUAGAUUCGUUUAAUUUUAUGCUAAAGUCAGGCUUAGAUCUUGCUGUUAAUGAUUUAGUACCAGUGGAGUUCCAACUUGAAGGUGGAGAUGUUAUCAAGCUGAGUAUUGAGGGGUGUAAAAUAUUGAUGCCUGCUGUCCCCUCUGGAACUAUUGGUGUGAAGUCUACUCAAAUCUAUCCAACGGAAUGUCGUCAGAGUGCUACCACAUACAAGGGACGUGUUGUAGGCCAUCUCAAGUGGUGGAUAAAUGGCCAGGAACAAAGUCCCAUCAAGAAAGAUUUUGGGGAAAUUCCAAUCAUGCUUAAGUCUGAUGCUUGUCAUCUUUCCAAAAUGUCUCCAAAAGAGUUGAUUUCCCACAAAGAGCAUGAAAAUGAGUGGGGUGGAUAUUUUAUUGUGAAAGGUCAUGAAAGAUUGAUCCGAAUGCUCCUGCAGCAAAGGAGAAACUAUCCCAUUGCAGUCACCCGCUCAACUUGGCGGGCGAAAGAUGCCUGUUUUUCUGAUAUGGGUAUUUUGCUCAAGAGUGUCAGGGAGGAUGAAAGUAGUAAUAACAAUGCGUUGCAUUAUGUUACUGAUGGAACUGCAAAGUUACGAAUUGCUCUCAGACGUAAUCUGUAUUACAUCCCUGUUGUCCUUAUCAUAAAGUGCCUGGCAGAUGUCACUGAUGAAUUUAUUUAUGAUCAAAUAAUGGCAGGGCAUGAGGAUGACUUAUACUUUAAGGGUUGUGUUUUGAACAUGCUUCGUCAAGUUCAUGAUAGCAAUGUACACACACAUGCUGAUGCUGUCAAAUAUUUUGGGAGCAACUUUCGUGUUCGUCUUCUUUAUGAUCUUCCUGCUUGGUCCACUGACCAAGCAAUUACGGAGCAUGUGUUAAGGAAAACUGUCUGCAUUCACCUAGAUGACAAUAUGGACAAAGUUAACUUGCUUGUUAUGAUGAUUCAGAAACUACUCACUUUUGCUCAGGGCAAAUGCAGAGCUGAGGGAGUAGAUGGCGUAAUGAUGCAAGAAAUUCUUCUUGGUGGUCAUGUUUAUUUACAGCUCUUAAAAGAACGCCUUCAAGGAUCUCUGUCAAACCUAAGGUUAAAUAUUGAAAAAAGAGACUUAUCUAAAGCUGGCCUAAAACUUACUGCUGCUGAGCUUCAAAAUCAAUUCCGGAAGGUAUCAACUUUGGAAAGUAGCAUAUCAACAUUUCUUGCUACUGGCAACAUACCUCUGAGUGGUUUAAAUCUCCCGCAAGACAAAGGACUGACAAUUGUUGUCGAAAAUAUUAACAGAAUGCGAUACAUGUCCCAUUUUCGGGCUGUUCACCGAGGCUCCUUCUUCCAAGAAAUGCGUACUACAGAAGCUCGACAGUUGCUGCCUGAUGCUUGGGGCUUUAUUUGCCCAGUACACACUCCAGAUGGAACUCCCUGUGGUUUACUUAACCAUCUUUCCAGAGACACUGAGGUAACAAGAAACCCAGAUCCUGCUCUUGUGAAGAAUAUACCAACAAUUCUCUCCAGCUUGGGAAUGCUCCCUCUGCACUCUCCAGUGGCUCAAGCAACAGCACUAACAGAAUGUUCUGUUGUAAUGCUUGAUGGUAGAGUUCUUGGACAUGUUCAUCAAAAUGCAAUUGGUAGACUUGUAGAUAAGCUCAGAGUUCUAAAGAUCAAAGGUGAAAAGGUGCCAAACACUCUGGAGAUAGCUCAUGUACCUAUGAAAUCAUGCAAAGGAACUCAAUAUCCCGGACUUUUCUUGUUUACCGGCCCUGCACGAAUGAUGCGACCUGUCAUUAAUUUGGCUUGUAAACAGGUUGAACUCAUUGGAACUUUUGAACAAGUUUACUUAGAUGUAUGCAUCACACCUGCGGAAGCAUACAAAGGUCGCACAACACACAUGGAAAUUUCAAAAACAGCCUUUCUCAGCAACUUAGCAUGUCUGAUCCCUAUGCCUGACUUGAAUCAGAGUCCCAGAAACAUGUACCAGUGUCAGAUGGGUAAACAAACCAUGGGAACUCCAUGUCACACCUUUGAUAUACAAGCCGAAACUAAAUUGUAUCGUCUCCAGACCCCUACUUCUCCACUCUUUAGGCCUUCACAUUAUGAUGAGGUCAGCUUGGAUGACUAUGGCAUGGGAACAAAUGCAAUUGUUGCUGUUAUUUCAUACACUGGGUAUGAUAUGGAAGAUGCUAUGAUUGUGAACAAGGCCUCUCUGGAGCGAGGGUUGGCAGCAGGUUCCAUGAUAAAGACUGAUUUUUAUGAGCUUCCUACUUCAGAUUCAUAUUUUGCAAGAGACCCUGACAAUAAAGAAUUACCUAAAUAUCUUGAUGCUGAUGGCUUGGUAUACCCUGGUACUCGCCUAACAGCAUUCACCCCUAUUUGCUGCUAUUAUGAUAAUGAAAAGAAAGACUUUCAUAUUGUUUAUUAUAAAAGUAAAGAAGAAGGUUGGGUGCAGUCUGUGAGACAAUGCGGAUCAAUGUCAAGCAGUCAACCAGCAAAAGCCAACAUCAAUUACACAGUUCAGAGAAAUCCAUCUGUAGGUGACAAAUUCGCUAGUCGAGCUGGUCAGAAGGGUAUCUUAAGUGCCAAGUGGCCUUCAGAGGAUUUACCAUUCACAGAAAGUGGCCUGGUACCAGACAUUGUGUUCAACCCUCAUGGUUUUCCCUCUCGAAUGACUAUUGCCAUGAUGGUGGAGAUUAUGGCAGGUAAAGCAGCAGCAGUACAUGGGUUUGUCCAGGAUGCCACACCAUUCCGCUUUACAGAAGAUGACACUGCUAUUGACUAUUGCGGUAGGCUUCUGGAAGCUGCUGGCUAUAAUUACUACGGAACUGAGAAAAUGUACAGUGGCAUUGACGGUAGGGAAAUGAAUGCAUCCAUCUUUUUUGGAGUUGUUCAUUAUCAAAGACUUCGUCACAUGGUCUCCGACAAAUGGCAGGUCAGAAGUACAGGACCUGUAGAUGCAGUUACUCAUCAACCUGUCAAAGGUCGCAGAAGAGGUGGUGGCGUUCGGUUCGGAGAGAUGGAACGUGACGGAUUGCUGUCUCAUGGAGCAUCAUUCUUGCUACAAGACAGAUUGUUUCAUUGUUCUGACAAGGCUAAGCACAAAGUUUGUCGCAUCUGUGGAACAUUGCUGGGGCCUUACUUUGGACUGUCUGACGCUGCAGCCUCUGGAAGAGUGCUGCGUUGCCGCUUGUGUGAAGAUAAGGGUGAUGUGGCUACUGUAGAAAUCCCACACAUCUACAAGUAUUUGGUUGCUCAAAUGGUAUCAAUGAAUAUAAAUUUAAAAAUGGAGUUGAGUGAAGAAAAAUAAACAGCUAGAAAAAUAGUGCAAAUAAUGAAAUUAAGUGGAAUGGAAAUAAAACUAUUCAUUGAUGA